CACAACGCCAACGCCAACGCGAUGCGUCCCUUGUCGCGCGCGUUCGUGUCUUGGGUCUCUCUCUUUUUUUUUCCUGCUCGUCUCCGCUCGUUUAAAUACCGCCUGCGCCAGGCCCAGCCCUGGUCUCUUCUCACCCCUUCCCCCAAAACCCACGUCUCUGGCCCCUCGUCCACGUCGCUGUCGCCGCUGAAGCGCCCGGCGCCGUCUCUGCUGCCGCCCUUUGAGCCCUCGUCGUCGCCCGGCCUGCCGCGCCCUGCAAAGCGCCAGAAUGUCGGCUCGGCGCCCCAUCUGCGGUAUCCCACGCCAAACAUCCCAACCUCCAGCACCGGCAUCUUGUCCAGCUCGCCGCUGCGGGAGAAGCUGAGCCGCGGCAUCUCCGAGCGGACGCCUCUCUCCGCCGUGCCGUCCAUUGAGCUCAACGACAACGGCGAGAUGCUGCUGAUGGGCCGGUCGUCCAACUCGUCUCACUUCCAGCUCUCCGCCAACCGCCUCAUCUCACGCGUGCACGUCAAGGCCCGGUACCUGCAGGGCGCCACGCCGCUCGAGGCCAACAAAAUCGAAAUCACCUGCAACGGCUGGAACGGCCUGAAGCUGCACUGCCAGGGCCGGACGUGGGAGCUGCUCAAGGGCGACAGCUUCACCAGCGAGACGGAGGGCACUGAAAUCAUGGUUGACGUGCACGAUGCCCGCGUCCUGAUCCAGUGGCCCAAGCGCAGCUCCUCGGCCGUGGACGCGAAUGGCCUCUUGUCCGAUGCCAGCUGGGAAGACUCGCCGCCACGCUCGCAGACGAGGGCCUCGGCCAUGCUGCAGGCAUCCCCUCUGCGACGGGCUGCUGCGCGUAUCCAGUCCCCUGACAGCCCUACUCCGGCUCCUCGGCGACGGUCUGUGGUAGCAGCAGACGAAGAGUCCGGCAUCCAGAUCUACGAGGACGACGAGGAACACCUGCCGGACUCUGAUGGCCACGAGGACCCCGAUGUCGGCGUCAGCAUGCGGACCGAGGUUACGGCCAGCUUCUCCAGCGAUUUUGAGCCCGACGACGAGGACGACGAGAGUGAUCCGGACGAGGAAAACGAUCCCAUCAUCCACUCCUUUGGGCCCUAUGGCGCCAACAUCUCGGGGCGCAUGGCGUCCAUUUCGACGAAAUCACCUCGCGUGACUUCUUCCAAGCGGGCCUUGAAGAAGGGCUCGACCGAGACUCUGGUGCCUAGGAAAUCGACCCGGGAUUUGGAUAGUGCCGAGGCCAGCCCGCGCAAAAGGGCAAGGAGGGAAGCUUCUCGCGAGCAAACCCCAACCCCGAAUGGUCGACCACUGAAGAAGGAAGAGGAUGAAGAGGAGCAAGUGAAGAAAGAAGAAGAAGAGGAAGAGGAAGAAGAAGAGGAUGACGAGGAGGAAGAGGAAGACAAGCCCCCCAAGAUUCUCUCGGAAGCCGAUGCCGCCAUCUCCAACCACGUCGUCAACCAGCUCGCCUACUCCCGCCUGUCUUCCACGCCGCUGUCCACCAUCAUGCACAACCUGCCCGCCGAGCAAACCAGGGAUCUCACCCGGGACGCUCUGAGGGUGCUCAUCGAGACCACUGCUUGCAUUGGCAUCAUCGAGCGCCAGGGCAAGGACGCUGCCGGCAAGGCGCUGGAGAGCGAGUAUUACUACAUCCCCGAGGCCGAUACCGAUGCUCAACGUCGCGCUGCAGUUGUGGAUGGACUGCGAAAGCCCAGCCUGCGGGCGUGCCGAAAGCAGCACAAGCAAUACUACUGGAAGCGCCCUAAGACGCCUUGAGCGGAUUUGUUAUUGACAAGACCAACACGGAUGUAGAAUGGGAAGCGACAUUGCCAUUUAUUUUCAUAAAAAAAGACAAAAACAAAAAAAACAUAAACAACGAAAUUACACGGAGGAACGAUUGAUUGAAUUUGUUAUGGACUCGCAUAUAAAGAGAUCAAUACCCGCCUUUUCUUUUUGUUCCGAGGCAGCCUCCCUGGGUGGAUGCCCUGAUGUGGAGGCCCUCUUGUUUAUUGCCGUGGACGAGAACUUGUAAGAUGUGUCAUCAUUGGGUCUUUCUUUUCCUCGUCUAUUUGACGAUAUUAGUCACGAUGGGGAUCAACGGAGAAGUGAAGCUUGUGCGUGUGUGUUUUUUGCUCUGUCUUCCUGGGUUCUCCUGCGAAUGCAUGAGGAGCCGCUCCUCGGCCCUGGAAAGGAGUCAACUCAGUGGGAUAAGAAAAUUUUAGCUACGUGGGAAGGCAUAUGGCGAAAAAGGGGAUAUGGUGAACUGGACUGGGAACUUGUAAGGAGUUUUUUUGGCUCAUGACACCCCGAUGCAUCGUCGCAACCAUCCACGUCUGAAGGAGUUAUCUGGGAUGCGCUCUUGAAAUUGUGUUUUUAUUGUCAAUGUUGAGUUUGCACAGAAUGGACAGGAGCAUGAAGAAAGGGAGAAAGACAGACAGACAGAAGCAUGAAGAAGAGAAGAAGUAAAAGACGUGCAGAGGCAAACAUCCAUUGACAUCCCCCUGCACCUGUUGAAAUUAUUACCUGCUAUUACACCAAUCUGUACAUGUAUGCAUCAAUAGUAUAGCCCCCUCCAAGCCGAUCACAUCACAUCAUCCAUUACACUGCAGAUUGAGGGCACUUGUCAG